AUGCAAAUCUCCGAAUAUGAUCUGAUCAUCGUCGGCGGAGGCACCGCUGGCUGUGUUUUAGCAAACCGCUUGUCAGAAGACCCAAAUGUGUCAGUGCUCGUCUUGGAAGCUGGCGAGGAUUGCAGUGACGACGAACGUGUCUAUACGCCAGGUCUGGCUGGCAGCACCUUGGACAACCCCGACUUUGAUUGGCAAUACGUUGCAGAGCCAUCUCCUUCUUUGAACAAUCGACAGAUCAAGCAUCCUCGUGGCCGCGCGAUCGGUGGCAGCAGUGCAAUAAACUCGCUGGCGCUCAUCUAUCCUUCAGCCUCCGACAUUGAUAUUUGGGCCGAGCUUGGAAAUGACGGCUGGGAUUGGAAGACGUUGGCGCCAUACUUCCUCAAGUUUCAGACUGUUGUGCCGCCCAACGAAGAAGUCAAGAAGCAGCUGAAUAUCAUCCACAGUGACGAAAGCAUUCGCAAGUCCAAAGGACCAAUCCAAGCUUCGUUCCCGUCAGAGGUUUCGACACUUCACAAGACUUGGAUCAACACUUUCCGCACGCUGAACCUUGAGAAUGUCAGCGAUCCUCUGACUGGACAUGCUAUUGGUGGGCACACUUCAACUUGCCAUAUCUCUGGAGAUCGUCAUGAACGCAGUCACGCAGGAGUGGCAUAUCUGGAUCCCGUCCUCGAUCGCCCAAAUUUGACGAUUGUCACCAAUGCAAUGGUUCACAGAUUGAUGAUCGACAAAGACGAUUCAGUACCAAUUGUCCGUGGUGUCUUGUUCUCCGAGCACGGUGUCCUCCGUAGAGUGGCGGCCAAAAGAGAAGUGAUCCUUUCAGCCGGUACCUUCAACACCCCUCAAAUCUUGGAGCUGUCUGGUAUCGGCGAUCCCACGAUUAUUGAACAGCAUGGCAUUGAGACCGUCUGCGCCAACCCAGCCAUCGGAGAAAACUUACAAGACCACAUACGAUCAGGCCUUUCGUUCGAGGUCACUAACGAGGUUCCAGCACGUAGACCCAGUCCCACCGAGGAACAACGUAAGGAGUUCAGGAAGAAUCGAUCUGGACUUUUGGCUGAAAAUGGCGCCUUUUUGUUUUCUUACACGCCACUUACACCUUUCUUGGAUCAAGACGAACGCGAGGACUUGAAGAAUCUCCUCGACAAGCAUCUGAUUGACGAUGAUACCUGGACACCAUUCGAGCGCAAGCGCAACAACUUCAUCCGCAAAGCUAUUGAGUCUGCCAACGAAGCGACCGCCGUGUCCUUUUUGUCUCGGGCUCCCUAUAUCGAAUCGGAGAAAGGUAACUUUGUCUCUUUCAACUCCAUGCUGUCUCAUCCUUUCUCUGCCGGAAGCGUUCAUAUCACGUCCGCCGAUCCCCGCACGAAGCCCAAGAUCGAAGCCAACUACCACUCCCACCCUCUUGAUCUGGAGAUCCAUGCUCGACAUAUGAAAGCGCUGGACAAGCUCGCAAAGACGGAGCCAAUGGCAUUCUACCUUGUACCUGGAGGGAAAAGACUUCCCAAAGCAUACUUCGAGGAUACGAUGGAGGACUACAAAGAGGUGGUGCGGGCUUAUGCAAGGACAAACUACCACCCGUGCGGUACAUGCUCUUUGGGUACUGUGGUGGACAGUCGUCUGAACGUGAAGGGUGUGCGCAACUUGAGGGUUGUGGAUGCGAGUGUCAUGCCCAUGAUACCGAGGGGAAAUAUUAUUGCCACGGUGUAUGCGGUUGCUGAACGUGCUGCUGAUAUCAUCAGCGAUGAAUUGGGCUUUCAGAGGUGCACUUGA